CUAAUUCUGAGUGCAUGUUGUGUUGAACGCGAGCCGCCACGAGAAACGUCAGAAAAAAAAAACAAAGUGAUUCGCGUCAUGUUUUCUCAAGAAAAAUUUGAAAAUGACCACGGCAGACAAGUGGAGGAAGAUGAAAGGUCCGAGGAAAGCUACACCGAAGAAGAGUAUCUGAAAGAGGAUCAGCCGGAAGAAGCCAAUCCCGAAGGACUUGAAGAAUCUGAUCCGGAAGCUGGCGGGAUUGAUUACGAUCCGUUUACGGACGACGAGGCUGGACCUUCUCCAUCCCCCCGGGAAAGCGACGGAAAGUGCGAAAAGUUGUUUUCACUGGAAUGCAGUUUUUGUCUGAGAUUGUACCGAAGUCAAUUGAGGCCAAAGGAAAACUUCUCGGCGCAGAUCAGUGGCGAUUCUGUGCAGGAGGUGGUAGCAAAUAUGUGGGAGUCAGGAAAAAGCCUCAUCAAACGGGAAGUCAUGUUUGAAAACGGAAUCCCGAAAUGGGCUCCUGAUGAAAUCCCCGGAAAAGAAUCCGCAGAAAAGUUCCUCAUCGUGUAUGACGUAACCGCCCAUAAAUCGUAUGCCACGACGAAUCUAACCCCAAAAAAGUUGCAAAAGUGGUGUAAUCAGAUUGUUAAGGUGUUUGUGUACGCUUACUCCAAGGAAGUUGAGACCAAGGGUCAGUAUGGGGAUGUUCUCAAAUACUUAAUCAAUCCCAAGAAUCCUGAUCGGGCUGGAGCCAACUCUAUGAGGGAGGAAGCUGCUUUGGCAAAAGAGUUGAGAGAGCAAAAUCCGCACCUCGAAGGUCAUUCCAGCUCCUGGCUGCUGUGGGCGACCACUAUUUACGCUGCCUCUGCCCACGAGCAAGAAGCUUUGAAGGAGGCGCAACAUCCCCCCAUCAACAUAUCGAAGUACUUCCGGUGGGUAGGAGUGUCCGAGGCAGCUCGCCUAGAUUCAGUCCAUCGAGGAAUGGUCGUGGGGAAUACGGACAAUUAUCGAUGGUCGAAGCAAAUCCGGGAGGUCAAGGAGGAGCUUCACACAGCAUUUAACAUCAUUCAAGGAGCAAUCAGGAAGGUGGAGAUCAUGGAAGCGGAAUCGAACGCAAGCAUUGAUAUACUUUCUGCGAUGGAAUCGGCUGUGCAACCCGAGGAGAGCGAGUUAAGCCAACAGUUGGCUUCCGAGGUUACAGAUAGCAUCGAUAUCGACCACAUUUAACCAUUUUGAAGUGAUUUUAUCACAUUUAUGUUUUCUUACAUUCAUGAAAUAAACAAUUUCGUAGAAAGUCAAUAUUUAA